AUUUAUCAAUCAGCUAGUUUUAAAAGGAUGUUUAUCAGUUUGUUUAUGUAAAGAGUGUUCAACUUUUCUAAGAUGAAAGAUUUAAUUCAAUAACUAAGUAAGUAGUUUUACUUCGGGGGCCUUGUAUUAUUGGGCCUGCUUUAGCAUAUUCCAAGUAAAUAUGAUUCACCCACCAACCAAAUCAGCUCAGAGUAAGACUCUGUUGUUGUUGUUGUUGUUUCCGGCGAUGAAUCAGAUGGAAGCGCCGCCGCUUCACCCCUUGGUAGAGCCGUUGUCGUAUCUGUUGGGAACUUGGAGAGGACAAGGCGAAGGUGAGUAUCCGACCAUACCUUCCUUCCGAUUCGGAGAAGAGCUCCGUUUCUCACAUUCCGGCAAGCCCGUGAUAGCGUAUACGCAGAAGACAUGGAAGUUGGAAACAGGAGCUCCGAUGCACGCAGAGAGUGGUUACUUUCGUCCAAAGCCAGAUGGUUCCAUCGAAGUCGUCAUAGCUCAGAGCACAGGUCUCGUCGAGGUCCAGAAAGGAACAUACAAAAAUGGAUCAAUCUUGCUCAAAAGUGAUAUUGUGGGAAACGCAUCAAAGGUGAAGGAGAUAAGUAGAGCAUUUGAAUUGGUUGAUGGAGGAAAACUAGCUUACGUGGUUCACAUGAGUACUACCACUAUUAACCAUCUUCAACCACAUCUCAAAGCCAUACUCCAUAAGAUCUAAAUUUCAUAGUUACUUCCUAUGUAGGGAUCACGCUGUUUAGUUCUGCAAGUUGUAACAACAUUUUGAUACUCUCUUUUGUAAGAUCAAAAUUUCCUUGCAAGUGGGAAUCAAAAGAAAAAGGAACAAGAUUGGAGUAUUAAAUGGGCUUUUCUUGAUAACA